AUGACUUCUAAUAUUUGUGCAGAACAUCCAAAUGCUUUUUGGGACAGGAAAAAGCAUAUUGUAACUCUGCCUUAUGAAGAUUCUUUCAAUGAAGCAGAUAUUCCUACAAAAUCUCGUCCCUAUCAAAUGAAUUCUGAACUUAUCGAUUUCUGCAAAAAAGAAAUUGAUAAUUUAUUAGCAAAGGGACUUAUAAAACCCUCUAAAUCACCAUGGUCUUGUACUGCAUUUUAUGUUAAUAAAGCUGCAGAACAAGAAACAGGUGUUCCUAGGAUGGCAGGAGGUAAUGAACCUCCAUGGUCACAUAUCCGUGGCCGAGGAGGAAGAAGCAGCAGGGGUAGAGGAAGAUCAUCCUCUUACCAAUCUAUAAGGUCGUCAUACAACUCUUCUUAUCCAGUUAUAAAACAUGGUCACAAAACCUUGAUUAAAUCAAAGGUUGGAGAAGCUUCUUUGUCAGCUUCAACUACAUUAAAUCUUAAGGAUAUUCCAAAAGAAAGUUCAUUAUAUGAACAAAUCCAAGCAUAUCUGCAAACAAAAGAGCAAAGUCAUACUUUUGCUUCUAUAGCCAAAGAAAUUGACCCAGUCAGUAAUCCAGAAGAAACGGACAAAAAAGAAAUUAUAUUUCUUUUGGAAAAUUAUGAUAUUCAGAGAAAAAAUGAGCCCUGGAAUAUACUCCAGAGAUAUCUCACGAAAGGAUUAUAUUUUCCUGGCGAGACAUAUAAGUCUCGAACUUACUAUGAAUCUAUUCUUAGUAAUACUAAAAGUGUAGAAUUUCAGCACUUUUCUGACUUUGAUAAUACUAUUUAUAAUUUCUCCAAAAUAACCUUCAAGCAGAUUAUAUCAGCUUAA